AUGAAGAUAACUGCCGCAACAUUGCUUUUGACCUGUGUUUCAAACGUUUUAGCCGGAUGGCACGGUAAAGAACCAGAAAGUGAAGAAUCGGAAGUUCCAACAACUUUGUUAACCACUACAGUGACUGAAGUAGUUUCUCAAAUAACCGAUGGUCAGAUCCAAGCUACAACAAGCACACAAGUCCUAACAACUACAAUUGUUCCUUCCACCAUUGCUACUGUCACUAAACCAUCAAGUGUCAUUCAAUCAAGUAAAGUGGAAAGUAGUACACCUGGUACUACAGUGGCACCAUCAACUAUCCAAAGUGCUCAUGUUACAACACCAGUAACUCAUACUAAUUUAGUUUCACAAAUUACUGAUGGUCAAAUCCAAGCCUCCAACACACCACCAGUUCCACCAACAAAUGCUACUACAAUUAUCCCACAUCCUUCUGGUGCUGGUGCAAGAUUGGUGGUUGUAGAUGCUGCUCCAGCUAUUCUUGCUGUCGCUGCAGCUUUGUUAAUUUAA